UGACAACUUCGGAAUAUUUUUCUCAGGAAUGGGUUUGAUAUACUAAUUUGCAUACUGACCAGCCAGAUGUACUCUAAAGAAGAAAGACUAGGAUGGAAGUAUUGAUAUUUGUGGUGUUGGGAAGCUGUGCCAUGAUACACACUAGGAAAAGACCAGUGACGUCACAAUCUGCCCUUGGUGUAUCUGAUCCAAGGAGUUCGUCUGCUCUUGGCAAGUCAACAAAGAGGUCGCUUAUUGAGUUUGUUGGAGCCCAGGAUGAAGUCGACGGUGUUGGGUGUUCUCGGUCCGAGUCUGGUUCCAACUACCCCAGUCAGUUGACGGACACACAGCUAUAUGAAUUUGAUAGUGACGUCAUCGCCAGAUCAUCUAGUAUUUCGACUGAGUCGGUUUUUUCGGAAUCAGAUUUUUCAAGUCUAGAAACCACUGACAUGGGUUACUGCAGCAUGCCACCAUUAUCCUCCAAUGUGACUAGUGUGACGAGUCCAAAAACAGCCAACGUAUCUUCGACCAGUAUCAACCCUGUUUGGCCUGAAACUGGCGAAAAUGAAAGGUCAAGCCCCUUAUCAACGCACAUGAUUUUUCCAAAGAGGAUAGAUGUGUCCUCGGAUAGGAAAACAUCUUCAAGCUUAAAAACAGAUAAUAUACCUUCGACUUUAAUAAAUUAUUUGUGGUCUGGUUAUGAAGAAACUGAAUUGAAUAGAUAUUCGAGUUUUGAAACCACAAUGUCACCUUUGUCUUUGAACAGAAUAGAUCGUUCAAGCCCAAAUAUAACCAGGUCCUUGACGUCAUAUUCGUGGUUCAGUCCUGACGAAAGUGAACUGACAAGUUCUUCUUCGAGUCUGGGAUCAGUGAUGGAUUCCAUAGAUAAGAUAUCUUCAUCCAUUGAGACACUGGCUUUCUCCAGUGCACAAAAUACCGAUGACGAAAUGACACCUGAAAUAAACAAAGCUGCGUCAGAGUGCAGAAAAAGGCAGAGCAUUCUACCUCUGCUGAAACAGGAAUUAAAAACUAAAAUUCAACUUAACAGACUCAGAGCAGGGAAAAAGGAGUUGCAAGUUGAUUUUACUCCUUCCAAAUCCAAGAUGACAUUUGAAGAGUUAACGAAAAGAGAAAGAAGGCGGGAACAAAACCGAAUGUCUGCUCUGAGAUCUCGAAUCAGACAAAAACAAAACGAAGAAGAUGUGGAAAAAAGGUAUGAAGAAAUUGAACGCGAGCAUACCAGCCUGCUACAUGAACGCAAUUCGCUUGAGGAGGAGAAAACCUUUCUAAGAACCCAGCUUGUCAACCACCUGUGUCACGGUUGCCAGUUAGACAGACGAGACGACGAUCUUAGAACGAUGAAGUCGUCACGAGUGGCACAUUCAACCACAGUUUAAACCUUCAAGCAAAAUU